AUGUCCCUCCAAUCUCUCCCCACAGAGAUCAUUCUCUGCAUCGUGGAUAAUCUCAGCUUAAUGAGAGAUAUCAAUGCUCUUGUGCGCACUCACCCUCGACUGAGGGAGCAGUUGGAACUCAAACUUUACAAACUGGAUGCCAAGGCUCAUGGCGGCGCAGCUGCUCUCUGGGCUGCUGAGAAAGGUCGACUGAGCACUCUGCGCAAGUCCGUAGCAGCUGAUGCAAAGAUUCCAAAGUCAGACCGCUUCAAUACACACGUCAAAACGUCUGACUUUAUUGAAUCCUUGUCUAUCAUCCCCAGAUACCCACGAGCGCAUCCCAUCACUGCUGCUGCCGCCGCUGGAUCCAAAGCCUGCAUCAGGUUCCUGAUUCGCUAUGGCGUCUACCCCAACUUUCUUGACGAUCACUUUACAACUCCUAUCCAAGCGGCAGCCGCCAGAGGUCAUACUGGCGUAGUCAAAAUGCUUCUGGCCGGUCACCCGGAGGUUUUCAGGGGUGCUUUCACACUUCGACGCUCCCUCAAAGUUGCCGCACUCUUUGGAUUUCUCCCUGUUCUCGAGGUCCUUUUUGCUCAUCUCGAAUCUCCCAACUCCGGCGGUGACCUCCCCGUUUGCCUUGCGGCGCAGAUCAUACUUUAUGAAGCACUGUGGCACAACCAGCCCAACGUCGUGGUUUAUGCUCUCAGCAAAGGAGCAAAUGUGAAUGUUAUCGACAGCGAAGCUACACUGUGGUUCGUAGCUGACAUUGCCCCUUGGGAGCCAGUUUCCAGGGUGCGACGCAUUCUGAGACAAGAACACAAAGCCAAGAAGGUAAUCCUCGGACAGGAGGUAUGUGGCUGGAGAGAAUACCACCCAGAUAUUAUGGACGCCGCUCUGACUGGCCGUCACUGUGACCUUGUCCGUUUGGUUAUUGAUGCAGGCUUCGAGGGCCCCAAUGGUCGACAGUCAUAUGAUAGCAUCUCACUCACCAUAGCCAGGGCUCACUGGCGAAGGCUCCAGAAUCUGAUUGACGUUGGGGAUCGGCCUCACCUUUGGCCUAACGGUAACUGGACUAGCAAUCACUGGUGA